CUCCUUAAAAUUAUUUUGAUUAUUAUAAAUAAGGAAAUGUUUUAAAAUUUCGACCAGCUGGAGAGUCGACGUAACUGUGUCAAGAGUCUUUAUAUUAUAAAUCCGCCCUUGGGUGGAACAAUGUCAAUAUGGUAAUAUGUCUUUCGUACCAACUUUUAUUUGUAAAAAUCUUUGAAUUCUUGAAAUCGUGAGAACGUGCGUGCCGUUUGGUCUUUGGUUGUCAUCAGAGCUUAUCUUUAUAUAUAAUCCAUUUAUUUUGAGUGGAUGGUGAAUGUUUAAAGGUGUCAUAUUUCACCAUCGAAUUUUAAUCAAGACAAUUCUGAGAUUACGAAAUUCCUGUGGCACGAUCAUUGUAUAAAAUAAGAUUGUAAAAUAUCAUAAUGACGCUAGUUCAAAACUUACAAAAAUGGAAAGAGGCCGUGGAAUCAUACAAUUCAGGCGACUUCGAAACAUCGUUGAGUAGAUUCAGAGAAAUGAACGAUUCAACAGCAAAAAUUUUAUUCAACAUUGGUCGGACAUACAUAUCACUUUGUGAUUUACAAGCAGCUUUAUUGUCAUUUCAAGAUGUCAUAAAGAAAGAUGCUCACAUGGCUAUAGGACAUUUUAUGUUGGGAGUUGUCAAUCUUAUGUGUACCAGUUAUGCAGAUGCAUUAGUGAAUUUUAAUGAAACAUUGAGGAAGCUAAGAGAUGGCAAAUUUAUUGACUACAGACAACUUGGCUUAAGAUAUAAACUUUACAAGUGUGAGGUUCUUUUGAAUCGAGCUGUUUGCCUCUCAAGUCUUGGAUAUGAGGACAGUGCUGUUGAAGAUCUUUUACUUGCUUUGCAAUGCAAGGUUGAACCACGGCAUAACAUUGUAGAUAUUAGUUUAACAAACUUAAAGAAUGGCCAAGCACUUGAAUUUAUUGUGAUGGAUGCCAUUUUUCAACCUCCAAAAUCAAAAACUGCAAACUUAGAAAAGCGGGAUUAUCUUGGAAAAUCGCAGGUUGUUGUUGACUUCGACAAUUAUGAGAAAAUGGAAUCUCCUUUAGCAUUGCGCGGACGUGUAACACCGAAAGGAUCACCAACGUUGCCAACGAAAGUGACGGAGAUUGGCGAACUCUACCGAGUAUUGUACGACUUCAUAGCACAAAAUGAACACGAAGUGUCGGUCAAGGCCGGUGAAAUCAUCCGAAUUGUGGAAACUGCGGACGAUGGAUGGUUUACAAUGAUCACCAAUGAUUCACGAAAGCGAGGCUUGGUCCCAGGCUCUUACGUCGAAAGACACGACAACGGCACUGAGGAUGUAACUUCUCGUGAAGCUCUUCUUAAAGAUUUAAGAAAAAAAGAAGCUAGAUUAUCUUUACGAAGAGUCCAGCCUCCAAUAAAAUCAGAUCAAAAGACACCCUCGGAUCUGAAAUCUGCAACGCCAAAUAAAAAUCAAAACAAUGGACACGUCUAUGUUAAUGGCUUUGCCAUGUCUGCCCCGAAAGAAAGACCAAAGUCGCUUGAUCCAGGAAAACUUGGGAGACCUUCUAAAUCUUCGCCAAAAGCUGAGCCAAAGCUUCAUGCAGGACCUCCAAAAUUUCGACGGAAAAAUUCUCUUGAAAAUCUGCUUUCUAGCAAUCGUAAUUCAAAAGAAUCGCCUGUUUUAGGUAAGAGAAUAUCAGAAGUAAAAAAAAACGUUGAAAUUGACACAACUGACGAUGAUGAUAAUGAAUAUGAGGAAGUGCCUGAUAUUCCGGAAGUAACUCCUUACGCAGUAGCAGCAGUACGUGAUGUUGUCGGUGAUUCACGACGUCUCACGGUAUAUUCCGAUCGAAAGGCACCCCGACGACCUGCUCCUCCACCAAAGGUUGUAACAACCAUGAAACCACCCCCUUUACCUCGUGCUCAACGCAAGAAUACAACUGAACGAAGUCGAGCAAAAUCUGCUCCACCUGAUCCUCCACAGAGACCAGUUAAGAUUCCGAAACUACCUCAAAACUCCCCAACUGUACCUAGAUCUCCCCGAUAUCAUCGAAAAGAAAAUCUUCCAAAAGAGGAAAAAGAAGUUUCGCUGAACUUAACCAUUACGACGCAAGUGAGGAUUAAACAGUCUACAACAGCUGAAGAUAUUAAAAAUUCUGCCAAAGACGCCGUUCAGCGUUUAGUUGCGUCAAAUUUAUGGUGUGAAAAGGCUGGAAAACAAAUCCGACUUGACGACCUUAAAACAUCAAGCAUUUUGGAGCUUGUAAAGGAUGGUACUUUGAGUAUUUCAUGUAAUCCAUAAUAUUUUCAUCAGAUAUUGGUAUUUAAAAUAUCCAUGGAAGCAGUUGAAA